AUGCGCGGGCAACCAACGAACAGCAAGGCCUCGGCACGUGUGAUGAGCUGCAGGAAUGCGCGAGCAAGAAACGAAGACUUGUCGGCGGCACAUGUGCCAGAUUUGAUGGUAUUGGAUAUCGAGGAGAGAUCGUGGAUGUUGCGCGUGGCGGCAGGCUACAACCAGAUCUCUGCAGCGAGAGUACUCCUCACUGCCGGAGCAUCAGUUGAUCUUGUGACAUACCAUUCGUGCAAGGGCGCUCGCAAUGCGCUGCAUGAGGCUUGCCUUUGGAGAGCAGGCGUGGACAUGGUGAGAAUGUUGCUGGGACAUCGGGCUGACGUGAACAUCAAGGUUCAGUACAAGGGACACAACAGAACAGCUCGCCAGAUUGCCGAGGCCAAAUGCUUCACCGAGCUUGCAAAGUGUUUUGAAGAUGCUUUGGGCGAUGCUUCAGCAAGCAAUGCAGUCGCAAUCCGUCCCUCAUCGAGGCCAUCUUUACCGCCGGCCCGUUCAGCUAGCCCGGUCUCGGUUCGUGCCCCGAUGAGCUACAGGAAUGCGCGGGCAAGAAACGAAGACUUGUCGGCGGCACAUGUGCCAGAUUUGAUGGUAUUGGAUAUCGAGGAGAGAUCGUGGAUGUUGCGGGUGGCGGCAGGCUACAACCAGAUCUCUGCAGUGAGAGUACUCCUCACUGCCGGAGCAUCAGUUGAUCUUGUGACAUACCAUUCGUGCAAGGGCGCUCGCAAUGCGCUGCAUGAGGCUUGCCUUUGGAGAGCAGGCGUGGACAUGGUGAGAAUGUUGCUGGGACAUCGGGCUGACGUGAACAUUAAGGUUCAGUACAAGGGACACAACAGAACAGCUCGCCAGAUUGCCGAGGCCAAAUGCUUCACCGAGCUUGUAAAGUGUUUUGAAGAUGCUUUGGGCGAUGCUUCAGCAAGCAAUGCAGUCGCAAUCCGUGCCUCACCGCCUUGCCCCAGACCAGCUGGUAUAGCCCGAUGUGCAACUGCGGGUGCUCUGCUCUGCCGGGAAGAUGAAGCAGAAGACGGGCGCCCAGAUGCAGACGAGCAUGAAGAGUCUCCAUGUCAUUCAGCUUCACGUUGGCACUGGUGGGAUCCCUGCGACGACGGUUGGCAUGACAACGGUUGGCAUCGUCAUCAGACCUGGAGACCAGAGGACGCGCGGGAGAACCCGUCUUGGGCUGGAGGCUGGGCGUCAAGUACUCGGGUGACUUCAGCAAGCAAUGCAGUCGCAAUCCGUGCCUCACCGCCUUGCCCCAGACCAGCUGGUAUAGCCCGAUGUGCAACUGAGGGUGCUCUGCUCUGCCGGGAAGAUGAAGCAGAAGACGGGCGCCCAGAUGCAGACGAGCAUGAAGAGUCUCCAUGUCAUUCAGCUUCACGUUGGCACUGGUGGGAUCCCUGCGACGACGGUUGGCAUGACAACGGUUGGCAUCGUCAUCAGACCUGGAGACCAGAGGACGCGCGGGAGAACCCGUCUUGGGCUGGAGGCUGGGCGUCAAGUACUUGGGUGAGGACCCCUGACGAUGAAGACGCAUGGAAGUUCGAUGAGCAUCCUCGGUCAGGUGCGGACGAGCGGUAUCGUUCCCGAUCACCUCGUUGCGAGAGAGACAUCUUUAUGCAGGAAGGAGACACUUGCACGGUCAUCGAGACUGUUCCAAUCUCUAAAGUGGGCAAUCUUCAGACUUGGUGCAGCAGGCAUUUCAGAGACGGCAGGCCUUUGGAAUCCACCAUCCAUGAGUUGAAGGAGGGACUUGUUGACCCGCUCAGGCACCGGAACUUUAUCCUGAACGCUGUAAAAGCCACUGUCAAGCGUGAUGGUGUGCAGCAGGAACUUUACUGGACUGAAGACCACCGGGAAUUUUCCGAAAAGCUAUUGAUCGCAUUGGUCACGACACCGAUAUCCAUCUGGGCAGGCCUCGUCAUCGAUGAUGUCGGAGCGGGCCACGAGGGCAAGAUCCUGAUCGGCUCGGACCCCGCAUCCUCGGAAUUCUGGAAGGGCGACGAGCAAAAGUACGACAUGGACUUCAAGAGCACGAACCCGAAGCCGGAGAACAAGAAGAGCAGGGAGGAGAUGGUGGCCACGUACAAGCGUUUCUGCGACACCUACCCCAUUGCACUGCUGGAGGACCCGUUCGCCGAGGAGGACUUCGAGGGCCACUCGCAGCUCACUGCGCUAGUCGGCGACAAGGUCGAGAUUGUUGGUGAUGACCUCUAUUGCACCAAUGUCAAGCGCGUGCAGAUGGGCUUGGACAAGAAAGCUACCAACGCCAUGCUCCUGAAGGUGCUUUGGAUGCUCUUCAUGGGCACCCUGACUUUGACCGGAGGAGCGAAGGUGAAGUCGCUUGAUGCGGCCAUCAGCUCUGCGAUCAAAGAGGCGCUGGCUCCCACAGGCGAAGCUGCCAAUGGGCCACUUUCAAGCCCUGCGGGACAGCGACUUAGUGAAGAGGAGAUUCAGUACAUGCUCAGCCUGGCGCGUGAGGGGGGAGAUGGGCUGAGCCGCAUCGAGGUCCAUCGAAUCCGGAAGAAGGAUCCACAAACGGGGGAGGAGUAUGAUGGCGUCUUCUACAACGAGUCCUAUGACAAGGAGGGCACUAACAUCUGUCAUCAGCCUGGGGAGCGUGUCACGCCGACGGCAGCUGUGAUCGAGAAGGCGAAGCGUCUUCUCGAAAACGAUGCCGGGGUCUUGCUUGCGAAGGCUGUUGCAGCCUACAUUCGCAUUGCAGAGUACUUGGGAAAGGAACUUUACCACAUGGAGGCAGAGGUCGGAUCCGAAACCCCACCGGAGGAGCCGCGUGGCAUAAUGAUCACCAGGAUGACCAUGGAUUGGUUAGAGAAGUUGAAUGAGAUGCAGACAGAUGCAGAUCAGCUGCUGUGCCCGAACACGCCCGAAUUUCUUCUUGUCUGCAUCAAGCAAACCAAUUGCCUCUUGGAGACUGCUGCAGAAGCCGACCCCCAUGCAAUCACUCCCGGCAGAAUGGCUACCUACCUGGAGGUGGAGAAAGAGGUCACUGACCACUACGAAGAGUUUGCGAUUCAGGCCAAGAUUGGGUUGCCCCAUAUGCCAGGACUUUGUGAGCAGGAGACGGCAAGCAUCGCCGUUGUUCCCGACACAGGCUCCUUGCUGCAAUCGGAGAGCACUGCGGCGGCAGCGAGCAGCGAACGGCAGAGCCGCGCAGUGGCCGCCGUGUUCCAUACACACCGGGCAGCAGCCCGGACGGUGCGUGCCCUCUCAGAGCAUUCGAAGCUGCAUUUGCUGGAGGAAUCUUUCUUCACUCACACCUGGAAGAAGGCGUGCGAGCUCAUCGGGUGCUGGACAACCUCUUUUGUCGAUAUCAUGGAUGCGUCCGCCGGACACAUUGCCGAACUUGUGGAUGUGAAUGCUUCCUGGCAUGCUGUGAAGACCCACCACGUAGGCUUCAUGCAAUUCAGGACGUCUGUAUGGCAGGCCAUGAAUGCAAGCUCUGAUUUCCAUACAAAUUUCAGAAAGUUCAUCUACGGAACAGGCCGGCAAAAGGGGGCGAGGCGUGUGGAUCACGUUUACAAGGAGGCCAGCGACGUGCUUUCCACCGCCCUUGUCUUGGAGAGCAGAGAGAACGCCGACUCCCAGUACGAUUCCGAGGAGGACAGCAAGGCCGAGUCCGCAAGGAGAAGGAGCUCUCCUCGGAGACGGGGGAGGAGAAGGGAGUUUUUCAAAGUCUCAGGCAUGGGCGCGGAAAUCUACGGCGAGGGAUGGUGGUGCCUGAGCUGGCGGGCCAAUGAAUUUAGCAGCUUCCAGAGGAAGUUCCCUCACGAGUCUACGAAAUGGGGUGCAGCCGUGGGCUACAGCAUGGCUGUGGGCGAUCCGCAGGAGUUUGAGGUCUGGGUCCAGGCUAUGAAGGGGAACCACCCGGCCGUGUUUGAGCUCGCAGUCGGCUUGACGAUCGGCUUCAUUCCCAGCCUACCCACCGGGCAGGGUGUGCGGGCUGGCGUGACCGUUGGCGGGACCUUGACCCUGGCGACCGAUGGCCCAAAGGUCGGCAUCAAGCUUGGGCUUGGCGUGAGUGCAGUGGAUGGCAUUGCAAAGUCGACAGACUGUAGCCCCAAAAGAGGUGAUAUUGGUGGCUUCAAGUGCAUGAAAGGUGUGUCGGCUUCGUUCACCAUCUUCUGCAAGAGUUUCGACUUCUCCAGCGGUGACAGCGAUGCCCAGCAAGAAGACCCAUGCUCCACAGACGGCAAGUACUACAAAGAGAUACAGAGGCGCCGGGUUCCCUGGGGCAACAAGUACGUCCGCCGGCGGGAGACCAACAUGCCGGGCCAAGUUCGAACGAGUGAGAAAAACUCAGUUGCCUGUCGUGACCGCUGCAACCGGGUCUCGGGUUGCGUGCACUACACCUUUUACCAGGACGGUGGUUGCCAUCUCCAAAGCAGCGACAGUGAGCUUCAUGGGGGAUGGUAUGUCAGGUCUGGCCCAGGCCGGCCAGAAGACUGCUGUGCUGUACCGAAGGUCUGGUGGGCAAUUGACCACAACAGACGCCGUCGGCGGCGUUGGCGUACCGACAAGGGCCAGCCGCACUGGUACACGCUUGAUGGCCGAAGGCGAGGUAAGUCACAUGGACAAACCUUGCAGCAGUGCCAGCAGCGCUGCGCGUCAGUGAGUUGGUGUCAGCACUUCACCUUUUGGAGAGAUGGAGGUUGCCACAUCACCGAUUCCAAUGCCAAGCGCUACAUCAAUCACGGCCAAAGCCCGCAGGCGUCAGGGCCACCCCGUUGCAGAUGA